UUUUUUUUUAAGUGUAUGAUGUACACUAUGUAUGAUAAAUGUAACUAAUUUCCGAAAAUUAUAUGCCAGUUAAAGUAUACUAAAAAACACAUUUUGAUGAGUAAUUUUAUGUGAGAGAGAUAAAAACAAAGUAUGUACAGGUAUGGGAUAAAAAUUUGUGCAGGUAAAGUUAAUGUGAAAGUGAAAUAAUAAAAUUAUCAUGAUAUGAUUUCAUGCCAAAUUAAAAAGUGUUAUAAAUAUUUAAAAACAGUCAAAAGAAGUGAGUGUUGCAACUAGCAAGUAUUUAAAAACAAUCGAAAACGACAAAAAAAAAACUCAAGGCAAAAUUAAUGAAAGUAUCACAUUUUCAAGGUGAAGGCACAAAUUCCAUGCUCAAUUACAUUUGACAAAAAAAGAAAAAAGAAAAAAGAAAAAAAAAAUUUCCUUUUCUACCUCAGCUCCUCCUCAUGCAUGCCAAAACAUUACUCAUCAUCACAAACUCGCUAAGAGAGAGAAAGAGAAGUGAACAGUUUAAGACGCAUUUUUGAAUGAAACGCCCAACAACCAAACAACGACAUAACAUAAUAACUAAGCUGCUUAUUCUAGAGAGAGAUAGUAAGAAAUUAGAAAGACGGAAAAAAAUGGGGAGCUCAUUUAAGAAUAUCAACAACCAUAAUCAUAAUCAAAGAGGGAGUAGUAGUAUCAGUAAGCCGUACGCGUUGAUCCUGUUGUUAGCGUUUGGGGCGGCUAUUCUUGGAGUUAUGGUGCUUCAUAAGAUCAGAGAGAAACAUAUCUUUACUCAUCUUGUUAAGGAGAAAGACCAUGAGCUUCUUACCCUUCACCUUCUCUUCCAGAUUGACUUCUUAUCGUACAUCUAUAUCCCGCGGAGCUUGCAGAGAGAGAAAGAGUUCAAUCAAGAAGCUCGGAAGAAAAUCGAAGAAAUGAACAGCAAAGCUUACUCCCUGAGAACACAGAAGUUGGAGCUCGAUAGGAGGCUUUCAGAAAUGGAAUCUAUGAUUUCAUCUCUCAGGGAUGAAAGGAAGGUGAUAGAGUUGACGCUUGAGGAGAAAAAGAACAAGAUUCAGAUUCUGACAGAAGGAAAGAACUCGAGUAGCGAAGAUCCCCCUCAGGUUACUGUUUUAAAGGACAUGUUAAAGAUGAAAGAUGCAGAAAUUGAAGAUCUGAAGUUCCAGCUUGAAAAACGAGAAGAUUUGCAUUCAGAAACAACAAGACUUGUAACAAGUUCCAUCAGUGUUGGCACAAGAGAUGAGGGGGAUUUACAAUUAAGUAGCGAUUCAUUUACAGAUUCAACAAUGGGUGACAGUAGAAGCCACAAUGACAAUGUUAUUCAGAGAGUGAAUGAUCACAGUACAAACAUUGAACUCGAGAAGUUGAAUGAUGUGAAAGAUGGAGUUGAAUUGAAGAACGAGGAUACUAAAACUGACGAUAAAGAAACAGCAGAUUAUCAUGCUGAACAAGGUACCAAGGUCAAUGAGGAUAAAGCAAAAGAAACCAACACUAGCCAUGACGAGGAGAAACAGAAAUUACAAGAGCAUCAAACAACGGAUAGCUUGAAAGAUACAAGCCUUCUCAGAGGCGGCCAGAUGUUGGAAAAGCCAGAUACAUGUGUAAGUGGCUAUGGUUCUAGAGCAAGAAGGAGACAUUCCAAGGGCAAGAGGAGAGAGGUUCUAAGAAACAGGAGAUUGGGUGAUGACUUGUACACUGUGAGCAAGACUGGAAGCACUCCAGUUCUUAAUAGAAAUGAAGAACAGCAGAAAUUUGACCUACCCAGAAAUAAUGAGUCUGAGAUUAAAAAAUAUCUUCGUGAAAAACAUCACAUACCAGACACCAGAAAUGAUGGCCAAUCCAGAGAGGAAGAUGCCAAGAAGAGCAAAGAACGAGGAAUGAAAUUGAAAGAGAUACAAUCUAAUAGAACAGAGGAAACUGAACAAGUAUAUGAACAUGGGAGAUUGGUGAGCACGGAGCAAAAUAAGAUUGUCAAAACCAAAUUGCUAACUGAUGACGAGGGUAGCAAUAUAGAUGAUGUCCAAAGUACUACCAGGAAGCAAAGUUCUGAUGAGAUCACCAGUCAAUUACAUGACCAAGAAGAAAACUGGAAACAGGAAAAGAUUAGUAGCAUCGAAGUGAAGAAGCAAGAGAUUGAUAAUGAACAAGGAAAUGAAAUUGUAAUUGAAGAAAGUGAUGCUGAAGAUUCAGAGGAUGCUGAAACUAAUGAACCAGAAAUUGAUAGAGAUGACAUCAGAAGAUUUUCAGAAUCGGAUCCUGAUGAGGAAGCAGAAGAAACAGAAUUUUAGGGUGCCAACUCAAAAUGAUCAGCAAGAAGAGGAAACCUUUAGAACUUCCCUAAGAGCAGCAAAGUAAUGCCAAAGUCUAUUGCAGAUAUCCCAACUGCAAAACUAAUUGUGAUGCUGUGACCAUUAAUCAAAUGUCAGUACACGAAAAAAAAUGCCUUUUUCUUAAACGUUCUCCAAGAUUACAAAUAUAGAGUCUUCCUAAUAGGGAUUACUAAGGACAUGUCUGAAGAAACGAAAUGCCAACUUCAACAUAUUUCCGUCAACUAUUACUAAAAUCUCUAUUAUCUGAUCCCUAAGUCUAAAAGCCUCUAUUUAAUCAUUUAAAAUUAAUCUAAGUCAUAAGGAGAAGGGAUGUUUGAAAAAACAAAAUGCCAACUUGAUCUACAUUUUUCUGUUACUUUUUACUAAAAUCUCUAAUAUCUGAUCCCCAA